AGAUUAUCCAAUGAUUUGAAAUAUCCCGAGUUUUCAACAGUAUUUUCGAAAGCUUCGCAUUCACAUUCCCAUCCAAAAAGUUUUGCUAUGCAGCAGUUAACUUUUAUUAGUCAAGUUAUCGUUUUCCCUCAAACAUCGUCCUGAUUGAAAUCACAUUGACUUCAAAACAACACAUCAUGGGAAAAACAUCACACUUCCUAGCCAUGUGUUUUUCUAAAACACUUUUCAUUCCUGGUCAUUUUGUCUCAAACAUGCUGAACAUUUACGUUGUGAACAAACCUGCUCGCGACGAUCUCUUUUUGCAUUGUCUUCAAGGAGCUUGUCGAGGGUGUGCGUGAUGUCUCCUGAAAUACAGAUGACAGAAUCGAUCAACUCCAAAAAUUCCAAUGAUAAGCAAUAUGUAAUGGGAAAAGAGGAAUUUUGGGAUGAUAUCAAAGAUUCGUAUUUUCAAAAGUUAGCAAACACCAACCCGAAUGAUGUUUAUCCAGAUAAUAAUCCAGGACCAGAAAACCCCGAUGGAACAGUUAACUUUGAAUGUCACUGUGUUGGACAUUUGGUGGCAAGCCCAUGUGGCUACGAGUUCAGAGAAGCAAUUUCAUGUCAGAAAACGUCAAGUGAUGAGGAAAUGGAAAAUGGGGCGUGCGGUGAACAAUUGAUGGCGUUUAUGGAGUGCGCGAUGAGGACUCAAUGUUUCAAGACCAACGACUCGAAUGAUGAGAAGUCAGCGGAAAAAUGAACACAUUGUGCCCAUGGAAACCGACUCCUAGCAACAUGUUGCUCUGAUUUGAGUAAUGCAUUUUUUUGUAUUAGGUUCUCUUUUAAUAACGUCACUUUUUUGUUUUUAUUUCUUUUGUUCUUUCGUUCUUAUGAUGUUUUUUUUUCUGAUCAUUGUGUUUUCUUUCUAUUUCUUUUUCUCCCUCAAACUAUCCGUAACACACGGGUUCAUAGUAAACGAUUUGUUCCUUUUA